CAUGUGAAACUGUCUCCUCUCUCUCCAACAUGGCGGCCGCUGUCCGGCUCCUUCACGCCGUCACGCUGUCGCUUCUGACCUGUUUUCCCGCCACGGUGCUCACGCGCAGGGACGUGCUCGAGCUCGGGGACGCGGACUUCGAUUACCUAGCAACGGAGCACGAGACCAUGCUGGUGACGUUCUACGCUCCAUGGUGUGGACACUGUAAGAAACUGGCUCCAGACUUUGAGAAAGCAGCGACAAAACUGAAGGGCAGCGUCCAGUUAGCCAAGGUGGACUGUACCGCUCACUCAGAGACCUGUGGUCGUUUCGGGAUCUCUGGUUAUCCUACUCUCAAGAUCUUCAGGAACGGGAGAGACUCCGCCCCCUACGACGGACCUCGCACUGCAGAUGGGAUCUAUCAGUCCAUGAAGAAGCAGACGGGUCCAGACUCAGUUCACCUGAAGUCCAGGGACGAGCUCCACAGCUUCAUCAAACACUACGAUGCCAGCAUCAUAGGUGUGUUUUCAGGUGCAGGCAGCUCUCCUCUGGCAGAGUUUCUGAAAGCUGCCGCUCUGUUGAGGGAUCAGUUCAGAUUCGCUCACACGGUGGACCUGGAGCUCGGGGACGAGUACGGCGUUCAGUCUGACAGUGUGUUGUUGUUCCGAGCUCCCAGACUCAGCAGUAAGUUUGAGGACAGCGUGGUCGUCUUCGGAGAUCACCUGACCGUCACAUCUCUGAGACGCUUCAUCAGAGACCACAUUAACGGACUGUGUCCUCACAUGACGCUGGAGAACAAAGAUCGUCUAAGAGUUCGUGACCUGCUGACGGCGUACUAUGACCUCGACUACCACCACAACACCAGAGGCUCCAACUACUGGAGGAACAGGGUGCUGAAGGUGGCGUCACAAUAUACUGGGCGGGGCCUGACCUUCUCGGUAGCCAAUAAGAAGGACUUCCUGGUUGAGCUGGAGGACGACUUCGGUUUGGGAACAUCGGACGGGGGGGAACUUCCGUUCGUCACCAUCCGGACCAAACUGGGUCACAAGUUCACCAUGAGAGAGGAGUUCACGAGAGACGGUCGCUCCUUGGAGAGAUUUCUAGACGAUUACUUCGCUGGUCGACUCAAACGCUACGUGAAGUCUGAACCCGUCCCUGAGAGGAACACAGCUGCUGUCAAGGUGGUUGUUGCUGAGACGUUUGACGACAUCGUCAAUGAUCCAGAUAAAAAUGUUCUGAUCCAGUUUUACUCUCCAACGUGUCCACACUGCAAGAAACUGGAGCCGGUCUACAGAGAGCUGGCUGACACGAUCUUUUCUGAUACAAACAUCGUGAUCGCCAAAAUGAACGCUGUUGAAAACGACGUGCCGCUGGGUUUCGAUGUCCAGGGGUAUCCAACCAUUUACUUUGCUGCGAUGGGUAAAAAGGACGAGCCUCUACGAUACGAGGGGGGUCGAGAGCUCAAAGACUUCCUGAAGUUCCUGAAGCGCGAGGCGAGUCCCGGCCCGACGCCGAGCGGGUCGAAGGAAGAACUCUGACACGUCCCAUCCUCCAUGUCAACAAGCACGUCGGGGGGGACGAGAAGCCUGACCGUGCCAAUGGGGGACAGCUGUGUCCAACACCUGUCCACCGUGAGGUCAUGACUGCUGUCAUGUGACUGUCACCUGUUUGGAUCAAGGGAACAUGCUCAGUGUUCACGUGUGGUUUUGAUGAAUCUUGAAAAGCAUCUUGGGAAAUGAAGCGGACGCAUGAAUCUGACUUUUCAUUUUAAACAACAACCUUUUUACUGAAGAACCAAAAACUUUAUUUAUUGAACUGUUUGUUUUUUAUUUAUUUAAGUUUUGUGCAAUAAAAAACUUAAUAAUACAGAUGAAAUAAUAUUUAAACAAUCUUAUUUUGAAAGUCUUAUUUCUGAAAUAUUUGUUUUUUUAUGGUAAUAAAAAACAUUUUAAAUAUUUAAUUUAAAUAAUUUUGAUACAUUUCAGAAUCGUCUGAAGAGUCGACAGAAACCAAUGAUUCUGUUCUGGUGCCAAGUGUCUGCUUUGUGUUUUUAUCAAUGUUGCCUUUUGAUUAACUCAUUUUCAUCAUUUAAAUUAUUAUUGAACCUUCAGAUUGUUGCUGGGACAGAAACAGCUGGACGGAGGUUUGUUUUCCUCUGUCAGCUGACAGGUCACCUGACAGGUCACCUGACAGGUCACCUGACGACCCUGUCAAACUGCCAGACAGAUAAAACACAGGGAACUUCUGUUUUACCUGAUUAUCAGUUCAUUUCAAAAUAAAACAUCCUACACACAGAA